CGCCCGGCGCGCACGCGGGUCUGAGCUCCAGUUUGCUCGGCGUCUGCGCCCGUGCGGGACCGGCUGGAUGCGGCGGCUGCGGCGUGGCGGGCGGACCGCUGUUCGAGCACGACACGGACUCCCCGGCGUCAAAUCCAUUCUUGAGGACUACCUGCUGGUGGAAGAUGCACUUCUGCUGGAGGAGGUGGUUGAGGAGGAUGAGGAACUUGACCUGUACAAUGAGAUGACUUUUGGAUUAGACCAAGACUCCACUGAGGAGAGUGGUGCAAAACCCCUGAUGCCUCUGGAGAUGAGUUCUGAGCUGGCCAAAGCAGUGGCAGAGGAGACCGAGGCUGGGGAGGAAGCAGACCGUGGUGUGUCUGAGCAGGUAGAAGAGCUGAGAAAGCCCCAGCAGGAGGCUGGGAAGGAGCUGGAGGUUGAUGAGCAGAUCAGCUCUGAGUUGGAAGAGGAAGAAGAGCUGGGAACUGAGGAACAGGAGGAAGACCAGGAGCCCAACGACCUAGGAGACCCAGCAGUGAUGAAAGCAGUGCAGAGCCGACCCCCGCUGGAGAGCCAGGACUCGGCGGUGCUGGACAGCAGGAUUGGUGCUUGCUGGGCAGAGUUUGGCAAAGAGGACAUGCUGUCGAUGGACCCCACAGCAUGGGAGUCCUGCCCUGGCAGUAUCCCGCCCCACCACAUGAUGGAGGAUAAAGCCAGCCUCCAGGUUUUGGAGAGGCCCCCACCAUCCACCAAUGUGGCCCUCGACUUCCUCAGCUCCCCUGUGCAGAGGGGCUAUGGGGGCUUGCCCCGGCUCAAGCGCUCCAGCUUAAGAAUGAUGUCCCCCAAGUCCUUCCCUCAGCGCUUUCUCCAGCAGCAGUCACCUCUGGUGCCUCGCUGCCCGUGCUCCUCUCAGCCCUUCAUGCUGGCUCGCAGACCCUCUCCAUUCUUCACUUCUAACCAGACCACAGGGUAUGUGUCUCCCACCCCAUUCUGGCCCAUGUCAUCCAGCACUGGCAGCCCACCACGGCCUCUCGCCAUGCACUUUGGUCCCCUGUCUCCGUCUUUGAAUCCUGCUCUCUUCUUCAGUCCAUUGGCCAGCAGUCAGCUGAACCUCAGCACACCCAGCCACAUGACCCAGCUGCACCCCCAGCACCAACGGAUCCUGACUCAGCGGCAGUUGCAGAGCAUCUCACCCAAGAAGGUGUGGUCUCCUGAAGUGGACUUUUAUUCUGGGCUGAUGACCUCCAAGGAGAAGGACUGGGUCGUCAAGGUGGAGAUGAUCCAGCUGCAGAGUGAGAACAUGGAUGAUGACUACUACUACCAGGCGUACUACCACCGGCUGGAGCGCAGGCAGGUGGAGGAGGAGCUGCUCAGCAGGCACAAGCAGCAGGAGCCCCCCAAGCUGGUUACACCCUUCAUCCAGAAAGCGGAGACGUAUGACUCCGUGGUGCGUAUCGCGGGCUCGCUGGGUCAGGUUGCAGUGUCCACUUGCUACAGCCCUCGCCGGGCCAUUGAGGCCGUGCACCAUGCGCUUGUGGAGGAGGCUGCAGGGAGCCACCGGCUUCGGGCGCUGCACAGGAUCGAGAAGCUCUUCCUGCAGCUGCUGGGAGUGGAGGAGACGCAGCGGAAGAUGUCCCUGUCGGAGCAGCAGCCCUGCUGUCAGGAGCAGAAGAGCCAAGAAGUAGAGCGUAUCUACCAGGCCUUGAAAAUCAGGGCUUGCAGCAGUGAAGAGGAGGCAGAAGAUGAGUUCCUGCAACUCAUGUGUGUGCGGAAGGGCAAGAAGCUCAUGGCUCGGCUGCUGCCCCACCUGCCCCAGGAGAAAGCGGAGAAGAUCCUGCUGACCAUCACCCACCACCUGCCCUUCCUCAUGAAGAAGGACUUGUUGGAUGAGUCUCUCCCCCUGCUCUACAGCCCAUUGAACGAGGUGGUGGGCGGGAUGACCUUCAGCAAACUCAUCGAGGUCCUGCAGGAGAUAACCAAGCCUCUGCCCAAGUCCUCUGAGAUCCCCCUUACCAUGGCCUUGAAGAACCAGUUUGGGAUCUCCUUGCUCUACUCCCUGCUGAGCCAUGGCGAGAGGCUGCUGUCCUCUGACACACCGCUGGAGCCAUGUGGUGGGGACUUCGAGACGUGGACAGACACAGUGUUCCUGGUCGCUGGGGAGCUCUCACAAGUGCCCAAGGCCUUGCUGGUGGAGCCUCUCUUCUUGCCUAGCAACCUUCUCUUACUCUUCUGCCGCUACCUGGACAAGCAAACUGUCCACCAGCUGGAAGCCAAGAUGGAGUGCUCCUCGCUGCCAUCAGAGCCUGCCAUGCUGUGCUAAGCCCCGUGAGCCCUGAUGGGAGCUGGGACCAGUGGGGAGAGGCAGGACUCAGUGCAGUGGCUCUGAGUUUGGAAGCGAACACUUACCCUGGUGCGGGCACUCUGGGUGAAGCGGGCACUGGCAGGGCUGGCCCUCAAGGGCUGUGCCAAACUGCCACAGUGCCUGGGAGCACAGCACGGGGAGUCAGGUAACUUAUUUUGGCCUCGCACCCUGGAGCAGUGAGUGGCAACUCACGGCAGGUGCCAAGGCAGGGGUCUGCACAGGGGCGCUGGGAGCACCUGGGGGUGAGUGAUUUUGUGUACAACACUCAAUAUAAAAAUAAAAAGGUGACUAACGAG